UCGCUCAACGCUCAUUCGUUGUUCUCUGGUCGCGCGGUGCGGUUGUGCGAUAUACUUCGUAGUUGUAGUGGUGCGCCAACAACCAGUCUACCUGCCGAACGCAAUUUUCGUCGCUUCAAAUUCAAUUCAGAGUGUGUUUUUUAGCCAUUAAUGAAUCUACAUAUAUGUAUGAAAUAGAAAUUAUACAGUGUGUGUUCGUAAAAUAUUAAAUUUUAACGGAUUAUCGAAAGCAUUGUUGCAAUUAUAUUUGAAAAAAAAAAAAAUAUCUACGAACGGACGUGUGUGUGUGUUUUUAGCUACGUUUUAAGUUAGUGAUUUCCGCAGUUUAAAAAAAUUAUAAAAAUUCCAUGCAGUUGUGAAACACUCUCGAAAAUUAAACAUUCUCGUGUGCUCAUAAAAACGUGACAUUUUGCAUUUAUUGUAAUAUUAUUAUGCCAUAAUUUUUUCUUUAAACGCUACACCUCUCACUCCCUCGAAACACAGUUAAAACUCGCUAAGUGUGCCUUUAAUCAUAACACCAACUCACUAAGUAACCGUGCAAUCCAGCCAGCCAGCCAGCCAACAACCGUUGUACACCUCAAAACCUCCCUCUUGCUCAGCACAUACGCCCGUAGAAAGCACUGCCUGCAGCCCUCCGCACAGGCCACACGAAUUACAUGUGUUCAUAUAUGCAGCGGCGACGUCGUUAACCUUGUUGCUGCCAUAGCAAACCGGCAAACAGCACGAAAAGUAGCAAAUUUCGGAAAAAAAUAAAAAUUUUUUGUUUACACUGAACCAACCCGCCGGAAAGCCCCGCGGCGCGCUCCCAGUACACAUCGUCAACGUUACAGCCGGCAUUUCGGUUAGACACUUUUGCGUGCGUUCAAUAUUUAUUUGCAAAUAAUGAUGCAACAUUCAUAUUAACAACAACUACAACAACAACAACCAAGUGUAGUGUCAAUACAAAGCAAUAACAAUUAGCGUAUUCGCGAGACUAGGGUGUUGUCGAUACAAGUGCGCGUGUAUAAGUGUGUUAAAAUCAUACGCAAACACAGACGAGAAGACACCAAAAAAGCAGUGUAGAAAGAUAAAAAACGAAAAUCAAAAAUAGAAAAAAAAUCAGCGUUACGCAUACAGUAGCAAGAGCAAUAAAUAGCAGCUCACAAGUUUUGCUGAUAAAAGUGUCGAAGUCAGCCGCGCUAACUCUAACACAAUCAGCCACAUUUUCAAGAAGUUCGUGAAUUUGACGCGUCUCACAGCAUUAUGCAACGUCUCAGCAGAACUUUAAGUGCUGCUCCCAGCAAAGCGAUGAUCUCCAAAGCCCAGCAGCGCGCACGGUCUGCAGCCGCUUCUAAAAAAUAUUUUCAUUUCGAUUUCUGCACAUACGCGUUGUUGUCGUAUCUAAUUGUAUUGCUGUUCUGUGUGGGUGUCCAUGCAGAAGGUUUCACCAACGCAAGAGGUUAUACCAACGUGACCGAUGAUUUGCUGGACAUCGAAAUACCACACCCACACGCCUUGUCUGCAGAAUCAUCGGUCAUCGAUCAGUUUAUGCCGAACUGCACAAAAGUGGCACCUGUCUUCAAGGCGCGCGGCAUCGAUCAGGGAGAGUUGCCACUCAAGCCCAAUAAUGAAAUGGGUCUGCGCUACUGUGAAACACCCUCAGUUGGCACUUGUUGCACCUUCAAUAUGGAAACGCGUCUGGCGCUGCAAUCGCGCAUGCAUCUGGAGAAGCAAUCCAAGGAGCAGAUUACGAAGCUGUCGAAUGCUUUGGCGGCGAAAGCGCAGAAAUAUAAUUCCAUCUUCCGUAAGCUCUUGGGCGAAUCGAAAGAGGAGUUCCACAAAAUGUUCACACGCACCUACGGCGUCAUCUAUCAGCAAAAUUCCUAUGUGUUCUCCGAUUUAUUCAAUGAAUUGGAAAAUUAUUACACGCGCGGACGCAUCGAUCUGCUGGAAGUGAUGGACAAAUUCUUCAACACGCUCUACCAGAAGAUGUUCCAAGUGCUCAACGGACAAACGUUCGAAGAGAAAUUCCUGAAAUGCGUCAGCGAACAUAUGAAAGAACUGAAACCCUUCGGUGAUGUGCCCGAUAAGCUGGCUGUACAAAUCAAACGUUCCUUUGUGGCGACGCGCACCUACUGGCAAGCGCUGCAUACAGCCGCCGAAGUGUCGAAGAAGAUGAUGAAUGUGCGCCUCAAUGCCGACUGCACGGCCGCGCUCACGAAAAUGCAACACUGUGGCGCCUGCAAGGGCUAUGCGGAAAAGCCCUGCACGAACUACUGCGUGAAUGUGAUCAAAGGCUGUUUGCAUUAUGUGCACGAAUUCGACACGGAAUGGGAGAAUUUCGCCAUCGCCAUGGACAAGGUCGCCGAACGGCUGCUGGGCUCAUUCAAUAUUGUCAUGGUUGUCGAGCCGAUUAAUAUCAAAAUCUCCGAGGCGAUUAUGAAUUUCCAGGAAUCCAGUCAGUCAAUCACCUCGCGCGUCUUCGAGGGCUGCGGACGCCCUAGCAUCGGUCGCACGCGUCGCUCGGUCAGUCCCAAAUUCAGUCAACCCAUCGCCGUCCCACACCAACAGCCAUCAUCUGUGAUUUUGACCAGCUCCGAUUCGAAAGUGAUACGCAAACGCGCCACGCUCGAGGUGCCCGCGGAGCAAAUCGAGUCGGACAUCUUGGACAUUGACGCGGACGUCGAUGAUGCGAUUGUGUUGCGUGAACGACGCGCUGCUGAGCCCAUCUCGGAGGAGCAGAGCGCGGAUGGCGAUAAGGCAAAUGAGGAUGUGGGCACCAGCGUUGGUGCGGCGGGCAAUGGUGGCGGACGCGGUGGUGGCAAGCGACGCAAGAAUCAGCAGAACCGCAAGAACGACGAUGACAAUGGACACGAUCCGAAUCUGGAUAAGUUGGUGCGCGAGAUUAGACAGCGUGUGAAGGAGUCGAAGAAGUUCUGGUCCAAUCUGCCGCAUCAGAUUUGCAGCAACGAUGAGAUCUCCACGUCUUCCGAUGUCGAUGGCAUGUGCUGGAAUGGACACACGAUCGAUAGGUAUAUGCAUCCUGUGACCACCGAGCAGACCCGCAACCCCGAAUUCCCCGGCAAUCCAGCAACCACGAGUCAAACAUCGCAAGUGGCCACACAACUCUUCUACCUGAAGAAUGUCAUCAAUCAUCUGCGCAAUGCGUACAAUGGUCAGGAUGUAGAUUGGAGCGAUCAAGAAGAUGCUCUCUAUGGCAGCGGCGCUGGCUCUGGUGCAGGCAGCGACGACGAGGAUGACGAUGAGGGCUCUGGACUGAGCGGCGGUCCAUUUACACCACCACACCUGAAACCCACCGACCGUCCGGGCUCCAUGCCGGCGAACAAUAUCGACGACGAGGACGAAGAAGACGUGGAGGAGCGUCGCAUUACGGACUCCUCGCAUACAACACGUCCCAAGUAUACCGGCAGCGCUGGUACAGCUGAUGGUGCGGCUGCUGGCGGUGACACGAACUCUAUCGACGAGGACGAGGAUGAUGUCGACGAUAAUGAUUUGAACGAGCAGAAGGGCGGCAGUGAGAAUGCGGGCGCGAAGACUGCACCUAAAAUGUCUUUGCGGCGCGCGUUGUUGUUGUAUCUGCUGCCGCUCUAUAUGGCGUGGUUUGGCGGUGUUGUUGCCGAUAUGCUGUGAUUCGUUGUUGUUGCUAGUGCUUAAGUGCGGUCGAUUUAAGGACACGGGCAAAUGGUGUGGCGUGGUAGGAGUGCGUCGAAUUUUUAUGAAUUUUAAUUUGUAUUUUGUGAGGUUAAGUGCAGUCGAGUGUCAGGGGAGUGGAAAAUGUGUGCGCAGAGUGUGGUAUAAAAAUAGCGUAGCAUGCUUUUAGGCGUCAAAAGUGAUUUCGGCGUUUAUUUCAAGGAAUUUUCAAAAUAUUUUGUCAAAAUGCAACUAAAAUAUGUUACGUAAGCUUCCUUUUAGCAAUUCAAUUUUGAUAGACGCUUUAAUUUUUUUUAAUUUAAAUUUUAGUAUAAAAAUUUAUAAUUUUGGUUUAUUGCUUUUUUAUGCCAUACUCAAGCCGCUUGAAUUUCAACACAAAAUUCCAUCGCUCAAGCACUUAGCAAGUUAUUACCUAGAAGAUUUCCGUAAAUUUCGACCAAUGUUUGGCAUGCUGCAAUUUUGUGUAUUUUCAAUGUUUCAUUGUAACAUACUUUUAGGCGCUUUAGUAAUUUAAAAUGAAGAAAACUCGAACAAAAGCCUAGCAAUGAAGUUCAAAAACUGUCAAAGACCUUCCAACACUACUCGAAUGUUAGUGGAAGCUAUGUGAAGGUCUACUUUUAGGCGCAUUUCUAUGUAAACUUGUAUUAUAAUUACUUAUUUUUUUGCGAAUUUUAUGCACAACACCAACAACAAGAACAAACAUGUUUUAGCAUAAGAAUGAAGAGAAAAUUAUGAAUUGAACUUGAAGCGAAGCAAAUCAUUUAUAUACGUAAACAAGAAAACAGUUAUAAAAAGUUCAAUAGCUGAUAAGAGCAUAAAAUUAAUAAUGAAUUAACUUAAAUUAAAAUUAAAAUUAAAAUUAAUACUUAUGUACCAGCAAUUAUCCUUAAAAGUACAUGCAAAAUGGCGUUGAGUGUGUGUGGGUGUGUGUAUGAGGCGAGUACGAGUAUAUGCAUUUGUGUGUGUGUGUGUAAACUGUGUGAUUGCCGGAGUGUGUGUGUGUGCGUGUUAAUUUUGUAGAACUUUUUUUAGAAAUUUCUUUCUUUCAUACUAAAUUUUUGUUGUAAACGCAUGUCCGUUAAGUGCAUAUUUCUGUAUUAUAUUUAAACCACUAUAAACUGCAAAAAAAAAAAACAAAAAAAAAAUUGUGUGAAAAAUAAUGAUAUAUAAGUGUGUUGAAAAGUGUAGUAGCAUUUUAGGCGCUUUAAUGAAUAAUGAAGUAUUUAACAUAUAAGCAUAUAAUAAUUUAUAUAUUAUAUAAAUACAUUUUCUAAUAAAAACAAACUGAUAUAAUUAUGUAUUAAAAUAACUGUAAAUUGAUUUUUUUUUUAAUUUUUGCAAUUGUGUGCGUUUUGAAAUGGGUAAAAAUGGUAUAAAACUGAAAAAAUAAAUACUGUAAGCUAGGCAUAACUGUAAAUUGAUUUUUUUUUAAUUUUUGCAAUUGUGUGCAUUUGAAAUGGGUAAAAAUUUAAUAAAACUGAAAAUAAAAAUACUGUAAGAUAGGCAUAACGGCACUUUAGGGAAGUCUUAGAAUACGAAAAUGUUUCAAAAUAUAUUU